AUGGAUACUGUUGAGUACGGCGUGGCCAAUGACCCGCGACCCGAUGCUGGUGUUGGACGCGUAAACACGAACGAGCAUGACGGUGGGAAACAGAACGCGGACAUCGAGCUGGGCAAGAUGAACACUGCCCCGCCACCCAAUGGCAACGACGACGAGGUCACAGCCCCGCCACCCUUCAAGGCCCUCUCUUUCCUCGACAAACUCCUCGUCCUGUGGAUCAUAAUCAGCAUGGCCAUCGGCAUCAUCCUGGGCAACCUUGUGCCCUCCGUCGGCCCAGCGCUCCAAAAGGGAACCUUCGUCGGCGUGAGCGGACCCAUCGCAGCCGGAUUACUGGUGAUGAUGUAUCCCAUCCUCUGCAAAGUGCGCUACGAAACGCUACAUCUAUUGUUCCGCACCAAAGCGCUAUGGGUUCAGAUCGGGAUCUCGUUCGUGCUAAACUGGAUUAUUGCGCCGUUGUUCAUGACGGCGCUUGCAUGGGCCUUCUUGCCCGAUAGACAGGACUUGAGGGAUGGCUUGAUCUUCGUCGGAGUGGCGAGGUGUAUCGCCAUGGUUCUCAUCUGGACCGAUCUCGCUGGUGGCGAUGCGGAUUACUGUGCCGUUCUGGUCGCCUUCAACAGCAUUCUCCAGAUCGUGCUGUUCGCGCCUAUGGCUUUGUUCUUGGUGAAGGUGGUCUCGGACGAUCCAGGAGAAGCCGGCAACGACCUGUACCGAGAUGCAGCAACCUCCGUAGCGGUGUUCUUGGGUAUACCACUCGCAGCUGCAGUGAUCACAAGGGUCUCGCUCAGGUAUUUGUUGGGAGAGUACAAGUACCAGCACUACUUCAUUCGAUACGUGGCGCCAUUUUCGCUCAUUGGGCUACUCUACACCAUUAUCGUGCUCUUCGCCAGCCAAGGCGCCCAUGUGGUCGAUCAGAUCACCUCCGUCCUGCGUGUUUGCGCACCACUGGUGGUCUACUUCCUCGUCAUCUUCCCACUCACGGCAUUCAUGAUGUGGCGAUCUGGAUUCGGAUACAAAGUGAGCGCCACGCAGUCUUUCACUGCCGCCUCGAACAACUUCGAGCUAGCGAUCGCGGUUGUGGUUGCCACUUAUGGUCCUGGUAGCGAGCAGGCACUGGCAGCGACUGUUGGGCCUUUAAUUGAAGUCCCGGUACUGGUCGGACUGGUGUACGUGAUACGAUGGUUCAAGCAUCGUUGGGGCUGGAAAGAGCCAAAUACAGAAUAA